GCCUGAUACAAGAUCAGCUCCCUCGUUCAAACCUUAGAAUUAACCACUACGAAAAAAGCUGGUCUCGGAUCAGAACAAAGGGGCAACGUCAACGAACAAUUGCUAAUAGGCCUUCCCACCAGUCAUUUAGAUUUUCAGAACCAUGUCUACAGCAUACUAACUUAAAGCAGUGAAUAUUGUAUUUCAUGUUGGGGAAGAAGCUUGAAUAAUUUUAUUACAGCAACUUUGGACUAUCAUUGCACCUCUCGUAAGAAGAUGUUUUACACCUGUGGUCCCAAUGAAGCUAUGGUGGUGUCUGGAUUCUGUCGUUCUCCCCCGAUGAUGAUAUCUGGAGGCAGAGUGUUUGUGUUUCCCUGCAUCCAGCAGAUCCAGAGGAUCUCUCUGAAUACUAUGACCUUGAAUGUGAAGAGUGACAAAGUCUACACACGCCAUGGAGUGCCUAUCUCUGUUACUGGCAUUGCCCAGAUGAAGAUUCAGGGACAGAAUAAGCAGAUGUUGGCAGCAGCGUGUCAGAUGUUUAUGGGGAAGUCUGAAGCAGAGAUUGCUCAGAUUGCCCUGGAGACACUGGAGGGUCAUCAGCGAGCCAUCAUCGCCCAUUUGACUGUAGAGGAGAUCUAUAAGGAUCGUAAGAAGUUUUCUGAGCAGGUGUUUAAGGUGGCGUCAUCGGACCUGGUCAACAUGGGUAUCAGUGUGGUCAGUUACACACUCAAAGAUGUUCAUGACGAUCAGGAUUACUUGCACUCUCUGGGAAAAGCUCGAACAGCACAAGUACAAAAGGAUGCCCGCAUAGGAGAGGCCUUAAACAAAAGGGAUGCUGUUAUCAGGGAGGCUCAUGCUUUGCAAGAAAAGGUGUCUGCUCAGUACAUGAAUGAAAUUCAGAUGGCUAAGGCUCAGAGAGACUUUGAGUUGAAGAAAGCUGCCUAUGACAUUGAGGUCAACACCAAAAAGGCUGAGUCUGAAAUGGCUUACCAGCUACAGGUGGCUAAGACGAAGCAGCGCAUCGAGGAGGAGAAGAUGCAGGUGCAGGUGGUGGAGCGCACGCAGCAGAUCACCCUGCAGAAGCAGGAGAUCACGCGCAAGGAAAAAGAGCUAGAGGCCAAAGUGAAGAAACCGGCUGAGGCUGAGCGAUACCGCCUGGAGAAGCUGGCUGAAGCGGAACGUCUUCAGCUCAUCAUGGAAGCAGAAGCUGAGGCAGAGUCCAUCAGAGUGAGAGGAGAGGCAGAGGCGUUUGCUGUGGAGGCCAAAGGCCGAGCAGAGGCAGAGCAGAUGGCAAAAAAGGCUGAAGCCUUCCAGCAGUACAAGGAGGGAGCCAUGGUGGACAUGCUGCUGGAGAAACUGCCUCUGGUGGCAGAUGAGAUCAGCAAACCUUUGACAUCUGCAAAUAAGAUUACCAUGGUUUCCAGUGGUGGCUCAGAAGUGGGUGCUGCAAAGCUGACUGGUGAGGUAAUGGACAUCAUGACCAGGCUUCCUGAGACAAUUGAGAAACUGACUGGAGUCAACAUCUCUCAGGUCCCCCACACAGUCUGAACACCAAACAAUCAUUACACCUUUAGCCUUCCAAUAGUUUGAAUGUGUCUGUCUUGUUCCUUUCGAUGUUUCUCCUGCUGUCACAUCCACGUUUUAGUCCUGCAUGCUAUCCUGUCCAUCACUUUUUUCCCAUGUUCAGAUCUUGUCCUGAGUGUCUUCUGUCUUUCUCCUUCAUCACUGCCCAUUCACUGCCUUGCUGCUGAACCCAAAGUGUACCUUACCACGCCAGUGCAAUGCACAUGUACAGCCUGCAUCUGGGAUCAGGAGGAACAGAAUGCAGUGCAGUUAAAUGGUAAAUGUCAAAAUUUGAUUAACACAGAAAAAGUGACCAACUACAUGCCAUGAAGUUUUUCAUAAAACUUCUAGGGUGUUGGGCCUUUAUGACUGUGUGUAGUAGUAUGGGCAUCUAUUAAAGAUCGUAAAGAUCUUUCUAUUACAUAUCAAAGUGUAGUUUAAUGAUGUCACUAAAAGGUAGUAUAUUGUAUAUUGUUAGUAUUUUUUUUAACAUCAAAGAAUUUGUUAUUUUUUUCUAUCUCAGAAUUUGUCAUUUGUGUAUGAUUAUACCUUGCUAAUCCUAAGAAUAAGAUUAGCAUGUUCCUGGUGAGUCUGUUCUGUUGUACUGCACUGGUACUCAGACGCAAAUGCCAUUCAGUUGUGUUACAUAAUUAUCUCCAUAUGGCAUUUGUCCUCCACUAAACAGAAGUAGUUAACUGAAGUGUAAUGACAGUGUUUGUUUAUAAAAUGUUUACACAGCUGAAAAGAUAAGAAGUCAGUUGUCAUAGGCCAGGAUUUUAUGUAUUUGCAGACUCUGACCAAUGUUUGUUUAGAACUUUAUCAUUUACAGAUAGUAUAUUGUUUUCCUGUUCCAUAACUAGAUGAUAGUACUUAAUAUCUACACACUUAAGUGUGUAGACAUUUAUGAGGACAGGAUGAGCUUUAGGUUGUUUUGCUGAGCUAAGUGAAAUAAAACCACUUCUCUGGAAGUGGCUUCAGUCAGCUUGGAGCAAAGAAGACCAAACAUUAAUAAGACUGUAAACAUUAAUAUUGUAGCACACAGUCUCUAUUUUUUACAUUUCAAGUUGUUUGCUUUGUCUUGUGGCUUGGUUUCGCGUCAUAAGGCUUAGCAAACAAACCACGCGCUUUCAGCUCAACCUUCAAAACACAGAAUCCAAAGAUGCUGUAUAAUGUGCCAUCAUACCGACAAGUCAGAUUUUUAAAAAUUACCUCACUAGACAUGAUGAGGGCUGUGAUGUACAAUACAGAGCAAAAAUGCUCUUGCUAAAGGUUUCAUAUGAUCCUUUUACACAUGUAUAAUCAUUUUAGUCACUUCACAACACUGUCUGCAUUUGAAAUAUUGUUACCUUUAGUUAAAGAAGAAAGUUUAUUUGACCUGACAGUGUAUAGAACAGCUUUUCUCUAAUAAGGAUAAAAUCAGAGAUACAUGCUGAGAAUCAGAGAUACAUACAUGAUACAUGCUGAAUAUGUAUUUGUAUGCAUUAAAAAUUAUAAACAUAAUAUAUUGGUUAUAUAUUGUCUUUGCAGAUUAACAGUGGUUAGCAGCUCUAUUGCAAAAAAAAAAUGGAAUUGUCUUCCUGAAGACAAUAGAUUAAAUAAUAUAAAACCAAAGGUGUUUUUUGUUCAUCUGUGGAUGAGUUCAGAAGAACUGACUUGAACUUGUGUCUUAGCUACAUGUUAAAGCCCUAAGUACACCAGAAUUAGAUACCUUUUGUACUUUGUAAAUAGUAUUUUACUCCAACUUUACACAAUCUGAUUUCUGAAAAACACUACUAUUCUUGUCAUGAUUUGCCAUGAUUGUCUGAAUCAUUCUAAUCAUGGCAAUAUGUAACUGAAAUAUGUACAAUUAUUGAAACCAAAGUAGCAAAGUAUUUUAGAUAAAUCUACACAUUUAUUAUUUAGUUUAGCAAUUUAAAAUAACCAACCACUUUAUUAGAAAAGUACACUGUAUGUACACCUUACAUGUGUUCAGUUAGGUUAUACCCUACAGUUUAUGUGUAAAAUAUAGCCCAUCUUCUAGCUUUUUAUCAGUACUCAGUUACUUACCACACAACCACUAUCAAAUCCUGUAAUACUGCUGCCACUGACGCACACAUGUACCAGGGCAUCAUACUAGUGUGCCAUUACCAUGUCAGUGAUAUCAGUGCCACAUAAAAUUUUAACAAAUUCCGCCAAAUGGCUACAGUCUGUAAUAUUACAUUAAUACAGUGCACUGAUAAAAUUGGUGCACUUUAUUAAUGUAACAUUAAAACAUUAACCAAUAAAAUGGCCAGUGAAAUUCAAUGUGGGAAUACUGAUUCAGUGUUCAGU